GGCCCACGUCGGCCAGAGCCGUUUUAGAUUUUUUGACAGAUCAAGAACCUAAGCACCACAAAGUCAACUCUCAAAUGGAAUUUCCUCAGUAUUUUGCUCAGGAAUGGGAAUCUAUCCCCACUCAGCCCAUUGAGCCCGAAAAGAAUUCUCCCUGCUUCGACUGCAGUAUAUGCCUCGACUUUGCUCGGGACCCAGUUGUAACUCUUUGCGGCCACCUCUACUGUUGGCCCUGCAUAUACAAAUGGCUCGACUCUCAAGGCUCUUCGGACGAGCCUCCCCAAUGCCCCAUUUGCAAGGCUCAAAUUUCCGUAAAAACCAUAGUCCCACUUUACGGUCGAGGACAGUCUUUUUCCGAAUCCGAAGCCGAAGGCAAAGUUAUUCCCCCGAGACCUUCCGCUUGCAACAUCAAGGCUCUUGCAAGCAUUUUAAACCCCGAACAGCAGUUUACACCUCCUCAUCAUCAAAUUCAAAGCCGACAAAGUUUUUCGAAUAAUUUUACGAAUUAUGGUGAAUAUUCUUCACUUUCCCCGUUUAAUCUAUGUGGGACUGCAGCAAUGUCUCUUUUUCACCCUACUGCGGGGGUUUUCGGGGAGAUGAUGUACACGAGGGUUUUUGGUAAUUCGCAAAGUGUGUAUACAUAUCCCAAUUCUUACCGCUCGGUUGGGAGCCGGAGCUCGAGGAUGAGAAGGCGGGAGUUAAGGGCUGAGGAGUCUCUGAACAGGGUCACAAUCUUCUUGUUCUGUUUCUUUCUCUUGUGCCUUCUUGUGUUCUGAUUGUUGGAUAUAAUACUCUGGUCAAUAGUUUGUAUACACUGUACAAAAAUUUGUUCUGAGAUUUUAUGUACUCAUACAGUAUAAGAUUGGAAUAUAAAUUUUACUUUACCUUUCUUUUCAGAGUCUUAUGAUUUUUAGGUUGAAGCAACAGGAGUAACUGAGCAUGAAUGAAAUCUUCC